GUCAGCAGAAGAGAUUGGACCUAUUGAAGGAGUGCAGUCUAUCACAUGGGUUAAUGAUCACCCCCGCUCCCUUUAUAUGAGGACUCUGAGACCCAGGCUCUGACUCAGUACUGACACUGUGGUCAGACUGUGAGGGGGCGGAGCUUCAAACCAAUCAGCUGCUUACUGAUUUGAUCACUUUCUGCCUUCAGAGGAGCUCGCUGAGGGGCAGUCAUGCGCCUGAUAGGCUCCGCCGUGCUUUUCUCUGUCCUGCUGCAGACGAUGUCUGCUCCGACAGAGACCGCCUCUUCUAUUUACGACUUCUCAGCCACAGACAUUGAUGGCAACGUGGUCUCCCUGGAGAAAUACAGGGGAAAUGUUGUCAUCAUCACCAACGUGGCCUCCAAAUGAGGAAAAACCCCGGUGAACUACUCUCAGUUUGCGGAAAUGCACGCCAAGUACGCUGAGAGAGGUUUACGCAUCCUCGCCUUCCCUUCCAACCAGUUUGGGAACCAGGAGCCCGGCACUGAGGCUCAGAUUAAGCAGUUUGCCGGAUCCUACAACGCUCACUUCGACAUGUUCAGUAAGAUUGACGUGAACGGAGCCGGCGCUCACCCUCUGUGGAAGUGGCUGAAAGAGCAGCCCAACGGUAGAGGCUUCAUGGGGAAUAGCAUCAAGUGGAAUUUCACCAAGUUUUUGAUCAACAGAGAGGGUCAGGUGGUGAAGAGAUAUGGACCCCUGGAUGAUCCAAGUGUGGUUGAGAAGGAUCUUCCCCAAUAUUUAGACGUCUAACAGCUGAUUGAAGACUCACCUCCUGAUACUCCAUCGCCCUGUUAUCUCCUUUCUCUGUCUCUCCGAGUACCAGCAGACCAAGCUUGUUUUCCAACCCCAGAUCAGUGACGGUCUGUUCAUAAACCCGCAUGGCGGACAGAGCAGACCUGAUGAAAAUGGCGUGCAAACCUCCUGGGAGGAUACUCGAGAUUACGUCUGUUUGGUUCUCUGGAGAAAAGGAGGAAGGAUCCAUUAAAGCGUCUUGUAGGAGAUUUAAGUGUGGCGUAAUGUUUCUUAAUAAAUGCACUGAGGUUUA